AUGCCGCUGAAAGUUCUGUCCGUGCUCGACACCGCCAGGACACGGUACUACCACAUCAAGGCCGUCAUUGUGGCAGGAAUGGGGAUAUUCACCGAUGCCUACGACCUCUUUUGUAUUCCGCCCAUCACGAAACUGCUCGGGCACAUAUACUACAAAAAACAGGGCAACAGAAUCCGGCCUGGCGCGGAAGCAGCCAUGCUAGCUGUCGCUCUCCUCGGCACUGUGAUCGGUCAAAUCGUAUUCGGCUGGCUCGGCGAUCGUGUUGGGAGGAGGCGUGUGUAUGGCCUCACCUUGAUGCUCAUGUUGGCUGGCUCUAUCGGGUGCGGAUUCUCCAUGGGCACGACACAAGGCCGUGUCCUAGCCAGUCUAGGGUUUUUCAGGUUCUUGCUAGGGGUAGGGAUCGGAGGAGAUUACCCGCUCUCGGCGACGAUCAUGUCAGAGUUUGCGAACAAGAGGACGCGCGGCGCAUUCAUAGCGGCUGUCUUCUCAAUGCAAGGGAUUGGGAUUCUGGCGAGCUCGAUUGUCACCAUGGCGGUGUGCAAGAUUUUCGGCCGAAUUUACCAUCCUUCGCAGCAAGAUCCCAGGACAGAUGAAGCUGAUAUGGCCUGGAGGUUGAUAUUGAUGCUGGGUGCUGUUCCUACCGCAUUAACAUAUUAUUGGCGGAUGAUGAUGCCUGAAACUGCAAGGUACACCGCUUUGGUGGAGCUAAAUGUGCUCAAAGCUGCCCAGGACAUGGAGCGAGUCCUAGACGUGUCCUUGAGCCAGAUUGUCGAGGACCAUCCCUUCCCUCCGAGCCCGCCAUCCUACCCUCUCUUCUCCAAGCAGUUCUUCCUCCUUCACGGCCGCGACCUCCUUGCCUGCUCUGCCGCGUGGUUCCUCCUCGACAUCGUCUUUUACAGCAACAACCUCUGCCAAUCCCACAUCUUUGGAAAACAUCAUAACGCCAGCGAAACGAACACCGCCUUUGAGGCCGCUUUCAAGGUCGCAAAGCUACAGGCCAAAGUGGCUUGCUACUCCACAAUCCCCGGCUACUUUGCCGCCAUCUUCCUCAUUGACCGUCUUGGGCGAGUCAGGAUCCAAGUGGUUGGGUUCGUCCUCAUGGCCAUCCUUUACUUCUCCAGCGCAUGCAUAUAUUGGGAUCACCAAACGGGCAAGCUUUUCACGAUCCUGUACGGCCUGACCUUCUUCUUCGCCAAUUGUGGGCCCAACACGACAACAUUCAUUGUGCCGGCCGAGCUGUUCCCCGCGCGAUUCCGGUCGACGUGCCACGGGAUUGCCGGCGCCUGGGGGAAGGUCGGGGCAAUGAUCGGUGCCGUGGGGUUCUUCGUGGUCUCGAAGGAUGUCGACCAAGAUGGGUAUAAGAUGACGAUGAGAGUUAUGCUGAUCAUAUUGGGUGGCAUUUGCGUGGUGGGGAUGGCGGUGACCAUGCUGUUCACGAGGGAGACUAUGGGGACAUCGCUUGAGGAGAAUGAGAAUGAGAAUGGAGAUCAGUCUGUUCAAGGCAAGUGCUUUCCGUAG